AUGGCCAUAUGGCUUUGUCAUGCCAAAAUAACCAAGGAAUUGUUUUCUGCCAUGAAGCAGAGGCUGGAUUUUGUCAUGAGCAUCAGCUCCACGAGACACAAAAUCUCAACAAAUAAGCCAGUGGUGAUUCUUGACAGUGUUGUCGGGAGGAUGGCGAUGGUGAGUGAUGACUGUCUGGUGGAGUGUCGGAUCGACGACAGCGAUGAAGAUGAUGGCAGUGGAGAACAGAUGAGGACACCUCCACCCCCUCCAGAGUUUGCAUCCAAGGGUAGCACUCCAUCACCCAAACCGCCGACCCCACCUGCAGCACCCACACUUCCUGUCAGCAGGGACCCGUAUGGGAUCAACCGGCACCUCAAGGUGGACGUCAGCGAUGUCCUGGCUGAGCCUGCUGCUCCUCGCAGCAUUGACCAAGUCUGGCUAUACAGUGUUGUUGGCUUUGAGAAGACGCGAGUCUGGACAUACACAGUCCUCUCCUUGCUGCUGGCUGUGCCCUUUGCUUUCCUCUGUGGCUUAUUUGUGGCUGUCCUCGCCUGUUUACACGUCUGGUUUGUGGUGCCUUUCUUACAGUUGAGCAACACCUUCCUUCCAUGCCUGCGUUCCAUUUGGAUUUGUUCUCUCAAUGUUUUCAUUUCCCCUUUGUGUUCGUCUCUUGCGCUCUGCUGCAGUCAGGUUGUGGUCUCCCUGUCCAAGCAGGACUGGACUGCCAAAAAAGAGCGGGAAAUAGCCUGAAAAUGCCUGGCCCGCAUUCUGUAAGCUGUUCUAUUUAAGUUAUUUGUGUGUUUUCUACUUCUUAGAAGAAGGAGAAGAGCAGGAUUGUAAGUUUUCCCAUUUCAUAAAACAGUUUUUUGACUUGAUGUUGCAUCAUUUCUUUUUUAUUAUUAGUAUUCGCAUGCCGAUGUCAUGAAGAGUUCUUUUUUAUGUGCAUUUAGGUACGACCAAUCUUGGUAAAUUAAUCCUGCUCAAUUAUUUUCUUAGUUUUCUUGACAUUUGCAUGUCAUUUACCCCCAUCAGAUAGUUGUUGUUGCAAUUAUUAUUUUAUUGUAUAAUGUCUUUUUUCUUUGAAGCAAACAAGCAAUCUGUAUUGUAUACAUUGUAUACAUAUAAGUUGAUAUAAAUGCUUUUUACACGUGUGGUAAGCU